GCGAGGGAGAUGUGUCCGUGGCCGAGGGGGCAGAGGGGCGUCCGCUGGGCCGCCCGACGUGCUUUGGUUACCCUUCAGCCUGGGGAGGGUGUGUGUGUGUGGCUGACGAAGGGGAAAGCGGGCCGGUCUGCCUGGAAAGGAAGGCAGUUGGUUCAGCCCCUACGUGGGAAAGAGGGCUGGUCUGUGCGUCGCCAUGGCGACGCCCCCGGGAUGUACUUGGGGGGCAGCGGAAAGGACGAAGGCCCUGGGCUGAGAGAAGCUCUCCAAGGCUACAGUGGCAGGCGGCAGUUCAACAGGCAGAGCCCCUUCUCUGAUAGGGGAGGUCGAACCUGUUGAGUUUCUGCCUGACGGGCUAAUCAAGUCCAGGCCCUUUUUUUUUUUUAGAGGGGAAGAGCUCCGAUGAAUUUAGUCAGGGGCUGGGAGCCAGGAUCUGGAGAAAGAGGCGAGGGGGACUAAGGGAGGACCCCCAUGGUUGUGUUCACAUGGCACACGGAAUCUGAUUAGUAGAGGAACCUGCUCUCUAGGUUGGCAGCAUUCUGUACGUUCAACUUGAACCUAACCAAAGUGCCUGGGUUUGGUCAGUAGGUUAAGUCACACACAAAAGAAACCCAACCAGUGUUAAUACUAACCAACGUUGGGGGAUAGAAUCGCUGGGCCUUUAACUAGCUGGAUGUACGUGUGUUAUGUGAACACCACUGUCUCUAGACUGCUGCUGGACCAGCUAGGUCUGCCAUCCCCUUUCCUCUUUAUCUGUGUAUGAUAAACAGGAAACCAAGCCCAGCAGGUGUAGUUUCAUCUUAAGAUGAAGAUACGGUGACGGGAAAGGUUUUGUCUCUUGGGUUUCUGUUGAAAUGUGGGAAUGUGUGGAACCUCGUUCCCUCUGGCUUCCAAAAUCCGAAGGGAAUUGCAAUCGCUGGUUGCAUCCAUAGCUCAGAGGCACAAAGUGAUCUUUUUUCUUGUCCAAAACUCAAGGAACUCAGGACAAGGAAUAGCAGCUCUGGAAUGUUGCACUUUUUUCUGGCCUGAUACCAACUUUGCAGAAUUGCAAAAAAGAGAGAGGGCUGCAAAAAGAAAACCCAUGGUUCUGAUUUGACUUAUAAAAUGUAAUAGCACAGGAGCUACAGACUCCACCUUUUGGUGCAGUUUGGAGUUGUUGACUUCUUCCACUGCCUCAGAUCUCUGCCUUGUUCUUUUUCUUGUAAAGAUAUCUUCUAUUUGUAAUUUUCAUUUUUUUUUUUCCAAUUCUCACUGAUGGCAAGAAAAAGUAGUAAAUACUCUCAGGACCAGAGAAACGGUUAGGAGGCUGCAAGAAUCUUGGCAUUCUAAAGCUGAACUUUAGAACAGCUACUUGGAAACAGACAUCAUGCUCACAGGAGGCUUGCUAAGCCUGUAGAGUGGUGGCUCUGGGUUACGCAUGUUGCAGCCAUGAUGUAUGACUUAAUCAUGCUGCUUAUGACAGAUCCGCCUUUUGAUUCAGUUCUGCUACCAUCUCUGUGCUCAGCCUUCUUGUGUUCCAUGUCAAGCCAGAUUCAGCAGUUAAGAAGAAAAAAGCUGGGGGAAAAUGAACUGCUGUCUCCAGAUCUGGAGGUGGUAGGCAGUAUUACAGAACAAUUCAUCAGGUUGGAAUAGCACAGCUACUCCGCUGGUCAUAUUUUCCUACUGCUCCUUUGCUGUGCACAAAUAGGAAACCUAUUAGGCUUCAGCGAAUGUUCUUUGUUUUCUAAGCAAAUUGCUUGCGUCAGAAUUAAUGGUAUUAAUAGAACACGAGGGGGAUGUUGCAGCGAUACAGGGAUAGUGCUCUUGAUUCUUACUGUGUGGAUAGGAGACUUCUUGAAAGAACCCAGGUGCAGCUUGGGAUAGGUUUAAAAAAAAAAGCAUAGGCAAACUUCUCCCCUCUGAGUCACCCUCAAAUGUAGCUCCAUGGUGAGAGGUGCCCUUUGUCAUUAGGGCACCGAGUGCUGCCAAAAUACAUGCAUGGGUCCUUUUUCUUCUAAGUAACUGCUGGCUUUUUGAAUUUGCAGAAAUACGUUGACUCUGCUGGUAUCUGAGUGCAGGCCAGCCUUGCUGAAGAGGUGUGUGUGUGUGUGUGUGUGUGUGUGUGUGAGUAUGUGAGAAAUGGGGGCAUCUUAUAUGGAGUACACCUUUCUUUGGGGAAAUUUCUUGUGUAGUGUGGAUUUGCUCUUAGGCUGUGUAAUUUGAACGGCUCUUGAUCCAUUUGGCAUGUUUAGUCAUUUGAUCCCAAGAGGUUCUGGAGGAAUGCUGAGGCCCAGAAGAGCACCUUGUACCUUGGCCUGCUCUGUAUUCCUUGGCAGUGAUCAAAUGCAAAGUAUUUUUUCAGAAGUUUGCCACCAAAGUGGUUAACCACAGGGCCUUCUUUUCUGUUGCUGCACAAAAUCUUUUGAUGUGUGUUUCUUCCCUCUAGCAGGUUAGAACACCCCUGUUUUUAGCUGUUCAGUCCAACAAUAGUGUGUUAGAUUAAAAAGUACUUUAGAAAUAAAUAUAUAUUCCUUUAAUAACUUUUCUUACCCCUAUGCUUACACUACUGAAAUUUUUUUCCUGAUCUGUCCUGUAUAUGAAACCAGAAUGCUAAAAAGAAUUUCAUUUAAAGUACAAUUUGCUUUUCUGCAUCUUGGUUUUUUUAAAUUUGCCAAAAAGAGGGGCUAAGUUCAAAAGUUUGUCCUUAUACUGAAAGAGCUAUGGGACAUCCAUGUGACUAAUGCAAUUAGGAUCCUAAAUAAACUUCAUUUUGCUGAGCUUUGCCAACUCUUCAGCAGCUCAGUUUUGCCCCAAAGUGGCAAAAUAAUGCUCCUUUUGAGAGAAAGAGAUUUUGUCCCCCCUGCUGUCCCUAGUUCCAUAUAUCUACUUUACUCAGCACUUAAAGUAAUAGCAGCAGAGAGUAUAUUGCCCAAAAUCAUCAGUUGUACCUACUCUUGAUUUCAGAUUUUGUAGAACUCUUUUGUUUUAUCCUCCUAGAAAGGUCUAGAAAAUGGUUGUGGGGAGAUCAACUGAAAGAAGAGAAGGAGAAAGAAGUAAUGGAUGGGAAGGCAAGUUGGAGCAAUGUUGGAUGAGGAAGUUAACUAUGAAGUGAUCUGGAGGCCCCAUUCAGACUACAGACCACUAGUUCACUUGGAUUGCUGUUUCUCAACCUCAGCAACUUUGAGAUGUGUGGACUUCAGCUCCCAGCUGGCUGGGGAAUUCUGGGAGUUGAAGUCCACAUAUCGUAAGGUUGCUGUGGUUGAGAAACAUUGACUUGGAUGAUGAUGCGGUCCUAUCUAUUGAUCAAGGCCACUGAUGGGUCACAUCAUAAAUGACCACAGCACCUUUCUUCCUGAAAGACCUUUCUAGUGGAAUCCACUCUACCUUGAGGGUGUCUUAAGGAACAGUGGCUGGCAUAUAUUUCUUAAAUUUGCCCCUUUUUCCUUGCCUUUUUUUUUUUUUUAACAUGCCUUUCACAGUGCUGGGAUGCUGCAUGCCACCUGGCCUCCCUCCCCAGCGCCGGUUCUUUGCAGGACUAACAGUUAAUUCCGUAUCUUUGCUCAGAGGUAAAGGUGGACGUGUAGAAAUGGGAACCAAGGGCGGGCCUUCCUAGCAAGAUAGCAGGGCAUGGCAGAAGGCGAGGAAGGUAGCGACGCCCAAGUCCCACCCGUCCGCCUCUGGGUACGACGGAUGGGCGUCUAUUGCGAUGAGAACCAGGCAACAUGGCUGGUGGCACCAGAAGAGGAAGGAGGGACGCUGAAAGCCCGGAUCAGAAGAAUCCCUGUCCCCCUGGGUGAAGCAGUGCGCCCCAGCCGCCUUCCUGCUUCUCAGCUGCCCCACAUGUGGCAGCUUUCAGAGGGGCAGCAAUACCGGGACAGUAACUCCCGCAUCUGGGGCAUUGAACACCACCUAAUGAUCAUGGGAGUGGAAGAGCUGCUGUUGAAACUCCUGAUAAGCAAUUAGAUCUGGAGCUGCAACUCUAGGAUGGUGUCCUGUUUGUUUUUUAUGUGUUAACUCCUAGCACUAAAAAUGCCGCUGCCCCUGAGGCAGAGCAUGGCGAGCA